UCGGUGAUUUUAUAUAAUUCGGGAGAAUUCCCAAUGACAUAGAUGGUUAAUGUUUAGGAAUUCCGACUCUUCGCCCGAUGAUUUAUUUAAGAACAGUCAUCGGCUACACCGCAGUAAUCGUUUAGCUCUCAGCCGCGCUCAGUCGCACCAUAAAUAUUCGCACUAAAUAUGAAGUACUUCAGGUUCGGUUGGCUUCUGUUGUUGGCGUUCCUGGUCCUCUGCUCUGGCGAUGCCUUCGCGGCCCCCAAGCCGAAAGGCAGAGCCAAACCGAAAAUAAGGAUUCCCAAAAUUAACAUUAACAUCCAUCAUAAUAAUAUCCACAUUGGCUAGGAUCGGACUCACUCGCUUUGGAUAAUAGUCGUAGCUUAACUUAAUUUAGAUUUAGCCUUAACUUCUUUGCGAUCCAAGAGAUCCUCAGUAUACAUAAUCGUACUGUUAAGGAUGAUUAUGGCCAUUAUAUGGUUAUAUGGCAGAUCCAUAUAGUUUUCUAUGAACUCUUUCAGAGUUUCAGAAGAACCAUCGGAAGCCGGUUAGGGUAACCAUUACAAAUAAAGCUAAAUUGUAAGAAACACAA